CGUGGUUCCGUGGUUCAGCCCUGCGUCGCUGUCUUGGUUCCGUGGUUCAGCAUCUCCCCGUCGCGUCGUGGUUCCGGUGGUUGCUCGGCGUCGUGGUUCCGGUGGUAUGUUAAUUGUGAAGAUGGGUAGAUACGCAUAUGGUUGAAGAGAGGGGCGAUGAUCGUACUGCCAGCAUAAUCUAUCAUCGUGCUUGUUCGAAUUUCAACAAUUGCAUAAGAUGACUUGAGAUCCCCGAGUCAGAAAUUUUCAGAAGCUUUCGGUGAUUUGUGUCUUUUCAGAAGUUCUCAGAAUCGGAAAAUAAAGCACGUAUUUACUUUUGGAACAACAUAGGUACGAUGAAUGAAAACCAAAUUGUUGUUAGGCAUGAAUCAGAAGGUGGCAAGACUCCCACAACGCGUGACGAAUCACAAGAUGUUAGUACGAUUACAAAGACCAUUAAAGGCCGUGGUCCGUCAAAAGGUGUUAAAGUCGCUAAGCCUAUGUUCCUUGAGUAUAAUGUAUAUAAUGUCCCCGAUGGACAAUGGUCUCAUGAAUACGGGAAGCAAGUUGGGAGUUGUGCUACUAGAAUUAAUAUUAACGUCCCAUUAUAUCCAAAGGUAGAUGAGCAAAUCAAGAAGGGGUUUUGGGAGGAGACUAAGCUUAUGUUCCACAUUACUGAUGAUUCUAAUCAUUCGAGGGAGAAAUAUUUUCAUUCUUGUGUGGCGAAACGAUUUAGUUGUUUCAAGAGCAAGUUGGUGCGCCGAUGGAUAACUAUGAAGGAAAAGAAGCCAAAAAAUCAAACAAACAAGAUGCCUUGGGAUGUCUACAACCAUAUCACAGAGGAUGAUUGGAAGACUUUUGUUAAACAUUAUUUCCUGCCAGAGUCAUUGCUUCGUAGUGAAAAGGCGAGGAAAAGUGCAUCAUGCAACAAGAACCCACAUCGCACCGGCCAAAAGGGUUAUAAUAGAAAGCGACUAGAUUGGAUAAAGGAUGGACGACUUCCACCAGAUGCAGCUUUACCUAUCUCGAGUAGCUCCUCGGUGAACUCAUCAGUGACCUCAAAUGUUAAUAGAGUUAGAAAAUACAGAUCAAAGGAGUGGAUUUUGGCCCAUCAAGUACAAAAUAAAGAGGGAAAGUGGGAAAUUGACCCGAACGAUUCAGAAGUUGUUGAAAUCGCAACAAAAGCUUUAGAGUACAUCGCAGAAGAGGAAAAAGGAAAUCUUUCUUUCGAACAGGGUGAGGAUGCCCUCACUAAAGCUAUAGGGAAAAAAGAUCAUCGUGGGCGUGUCAAGGGAACAGGUGGCAUGGUUGGUAUCAAAAAGGCUUUCGGUCCGUGUAUUCGACAUAGUAGAAGUGACCAUGUUGACAUUUACUUAAUAAUCUGUAUCACUUACAAAGUUGCAUUGAAACCUUUGUUUAUGAAGGAAAGGACUCCAUGUCGUCUUGCCCUUGAGGAGAAAGUUUCAGGCAACAACAUUGUCGUGGCGGAUGGUAUGGUACAACCCUCAGAUGGUGCAUUGCCCCAACAUUUUACAUCGAUGAAGCCUGGUCACUAUAAAGUCCAAGUUGAUUUUGUUUACGAAGGACAUGUUGAUGAUAUUCUUCCGGUACCUACGGGAGAUGGUUUCACUAACUUAGGCGGUACUCUGGGUAGUUUUGUGCAAUGGCCCAUACACUUAGUGAUUUUCGAAGACGGCGAGGAUUGUAUUUCACCUCCUAAAAAGAAGUCCAAGUCUAAUGUUUCUAAAGAGAGGGAUGGUAGCUCCAAGAAAAAGACAACGGUGUUAGCGGCCCAAAAGAAGACAACAGACUUACCAUCCAAGGUAAACCCUCUAAAACUCAUUCGAACCUAA